CAGCCUUUUCCCUCCAAAAAUGAUUGAGUGGUGAGCAAACAGACAACCUAUAGUCGUCAUGAAGAUAGUGCUGUUUGAGCUUUUGGUCGUCCUGCUUGGAUCACUGCAUGCAGAGGCAACCUGAAGAGGCGAGUUUAGAUUCUCCAUUUGAAGUUUGGACCAGACAUCAGCAAAAUGCAUCGGAGAGGCGUUGGUGCAGGAGCUAUUGCCAAAAAGAAGCUCGCAGAGGCCAAAUAUAAGGAAAGAGGAACUGUUCUUGCAGAAGACCAAAUUGUCCAAAUGUCUAAGCAGUUGGAGACCUUCAAGUCCAACCUGGAAGAGUUUGCCAGCAAGCAUAAACAAGAAAUAAGAAAGAACUCACAGUUCAGGGUUCAGUUUCAGGAAAUGUGUGCCACCAUUGGAGUUGACCCACUUGCCUCCGGCAAAGGUUUUUGGUCUGAGAUGCUUGGUGUAGGUGACUUCUACUAUGAGCUCGGUGUACAGAUUAUUGAAGUGUGCCUCGCCCUCAAACACAGAAAUGGAGGGCUUAUUACUUUGGAUGAACUCCAUCAGAGAGUACUGAAGGGAAGAGGGAAAUACGCUCAGGAUGUGAGCCAAGAUGACUUGAUGAGAGCCAUAAAGAAACUGAAGGUGAUGGGGAAUGGCUUCGGGGUGAUUCCAGUUGGUGGUUCUUACUUGGUCCAGUCAGUCCCAGCAGAGCUCAACAUGGACCACACUGUAGUUCUACAGCUGGCUGAGAAAAAGGGCUACGUCACAGUGAGUGAGAUCAAGGACAAUCUAAAAUGGGAGAAGGAACGGGCUUGUCACGUCUUGGAUCACCUGCUGAAAGAAGGCUUGGCUUGGCUGGACUCUCAAGCAGCUGGAGAAGCACAGUACUGGCUGCCAGCUCUCUUCUCUGAGCUGACCUCCCGCGACGUCACACCAGAGGAGGCCAAUCAGAUGACACCUUAAGAAACGAUAGGUGGACCUGGACCACCAGCUGGUGACAGCGUUAGAGACAUGUUGGUAAACAAAAUGUGCCUGGUGGGAAGGCUCAUGUGAUGGCGUUGGCAGACGGGGGGAACUCACUCUGAGAUCAUUUUCUGGACACUAAGAGGGAAAACUUUCCUCAUCGGCUCCUCGGUAACAUCUAUUAUGCAACGAGUGCACUUACAUUAGAGUCACUGAGAGCAGUUUGAUUUCCACUCCGCUGCAUAUGAAAUUCAGUGCGAGGUGAUCUGUCGUCUUGCUGGUGUCACAGUUUUGCGGAUAAUUCUCAGUGUACAGAAAAUGUAAUUGUAAAAUGUAAAAGUUUUCAUGUAUAAACAAUAACUUUUAAAGAAAAGACUAAAUCGGCUGCAUUCUACCAGUUUAACUCAACUUUUAUUAUGUCAGCAGGACUUAAAAUGCACUUACAUUUAUUCAUUUAAAUUGAUCAUUGCCAUAAAUUCACUUGUUACAUUGCUCAACCUCCAAUCAACAAUUCAUUCUUUCAUAUACAUUUUCAAAUCAACAUACUCUGGUAAAUAAACACUUCAGUAUGAUCUGGUUAUAGUAGAUCAGAUUUUGCUCAGAGAUAAGUGCCAAGCUAUACUGUAAAUGAAGAAUUGUGGUUAAUAUAUAAAGUUUUAAAUGUGCCAUGCUUAAUUUUAAAUUGCAUCUACUUAAAGGGCCAUUCUAUUGUUUAAGCAUGUUUUAGCCUAUUUACUACAAAUCAUAUAUAUCUUUACUAAAAAAAAAAAGUUUUCCAUUCAUUUUAGGGCAAUAUCAAAAUCAGCUUUUAGAGGUUUCAAACUUAAUUUAGGUCAUUUCUAACGGUGAACAUCAAGCCUACUUUUAUUUUUGGACUACUUAUUUUAUAGAAGUGUUGUGUAGGGCUGCGUAUCGAACAUCUGUACUUUUUUAGUACUGACUGUAUUUUUUUCAUAGCACUGAAAAUCUAAAAAAGAUCAUACCGAAAGCUGACACGUCCAGUCAGAUUCAUAAUCUUGUUUAUUUCCUCGUUGAUCAGAUAAUUCCUGAUUGAAAUCAGAAUUUUGCCAAUUUUAUACAAAACAAAAGGGAGGAACGGGCUCUGCUCACCUUUUAUAUUUGACAUCUUUUAGGGUGCUACAUGUACCAUCCAGUAGCAAAAGCCCAUUAAAGCACUCGCAAAUUUUCAUCUUACAUCACAUCUUUUUUAUUAAAUCAUUACACACACACACACACACACACACACACACACACACACACACACACACACACACACACACACGGUGGAAG